AUGGCCACUUUCAUUGUGAAUCUUGUUGUAGCCAUGGUUUCUUUAAGCUUCCCAUCGUCAACAACUGCAGCCUACUCUUACGAGUCACUAGAUAUCUAUGGCAAGUCUCCACCACCACCACCACCUAAGACUUCUAAAAUUCCUUUGCCCCCAUCACCGUCACCUAAGGCUUCUAAAAUUCCUUUGCCCCCAUCACCGUCACCUAAGCCUUCUAUCAUUCCUUUGCCCCCAUCACCGUCACCUAAGCCUUCUAUCAUUCCUUUGCCCCCAUCACCGUCACCUAAGUCUUCUAUCAUUCCUUUGCCCCCAUCGCCACCUAAAGCUUCCCUCAACGCCAAGUCCCCACCACCUCCUCCUAAGGCUUCCCUCAACGCUAACUCCCCACCUCCUCCUCCUAAGGCUUAUCUCAACGCCAAGUCCCCGCCACCUCCUCCUAAGGCUUAUCUCAAUGCCAAGUCCCCACCACCGCCACCUAAGGUUUACGCCAAGACCCCACCACCGCCUCCUAAGGCUUCCGUUAAUGCAAAGUCCCCACCACCACCUCCUAAGGCUUCCGUCAAUGCCAAGUCCCCACCACCGCCACCUAAGGCUUCCGUCAAUGCCAAGUCCCCACCACCGCCACCUAAGGCUUCCCUCAAUGCCAAGUCCCCGCCGCCGCCACCUAAGGCUUCCCUCAAUGCCAAGUCCCCGCCGCCUCCUCCUAAAGCUUCCGUCCAUGCGAAGUCCCCGCCGCCUCCUCCUAAGGCUUCCCUCAAUGCCAAGUCCCCGCCGCCUCCUCCUAAGGCUUCCCUCAAUGCCAAGUCCCCGCCGCCUCCUCCUAAGGCUUCCCUCAAUGCCAAAUCCCCGCCGCCUCCUCCUAAGGCUUCCGUCAAUGCCAAGUCCCCACCACCUCCACCUAAGGCUUCCGUCAAUGCCAAGUCCCCACCACCUCCACCUAAGGCUUUCGUCAAUGCAAAAUCCCCCCCACCACCACCUAAGGCUUCCGUCAAUGCCAAGUCCCCACCACCCCCUCCGAAAGCUUCCAUCAAUGCUAAGUCCCCACCACCGCCACCUAAGAAUUCUUAA